AUGGCCACCGAACCCUUUCUGUUGAACGAAGAGCCCAGCAGAGGUCCUGGGAUGCCUGAGUGCUAUGUAGUUUCAGAUUCAUACAGGCCUGAGGUAGAGGCUGAGGAGCUCCAUGUCCUUGGGCCGCAUAUCUCUCCUAACUUUGCCCCGUUCUCUCCCUCCUUCGUCCGCCUCCCAUCGUCCGCCUCCCAUCGUCCGCCUCCCAUCGUCCGCCUCCCAUCGUCCGCCUCCCAUCCCAGGCCGGCUGCAGUCUAA